AUGGCAGUGAUUAAGAAACAAGACGCAGAGGAUCAAAGACUUAAAGAUAAAGGAGACAAAUACAAGAAGUCUGUCAAAGGAAAGACAGCUUUACCAAGAACCAGAAAAGCUAAAGCUGCUCCCAAGAAGAAGACUUUGGAUUCCGAUGAUGAUGAUGACUAUGAGCCUGCGAUGCCAAAGAAGGCAACCACCAAGAAGGCAGCCGCUGCUGUUGAACCGAAACCAAUCGCACCCAAACCAGCAGCCAAGAGAAAGAAGGAUGAGGCUUCACCUUCUUUGGAUGCCUUUGUCACCAAAUCGAUAAGUGACGCCGGUAACAUUCCAGGUUUGAGCUGGUGA